AUGGCUCGCUGCUGCAAGGUGGUUGCGGUUCUCUUGGUCGUUCUUGCGACCGCUUCCGGAUUCCUCUCCGGGGCGCCACCAGGACCCCCUCGCGGGAAAGGCAAGGCCCCGCAGCCCGACGUGGCAAAGAACAAGGUGGACGGGAAGCCUAGAACGGCAGCGGAUAAGACCCUCGUGGGGCCUAGUCCAACGAUCGAGACCAUAACCGUUGGCAGCCCGCAGCACGGCCUGUUCAUCGGCUCCGAGCAGGCUCGCGCCAUCGCCUUGGAGGCAGCGACUUCGAAAACAGUCCCCAAGGCCACGACGCUCGAGGCCCUGCACUCCUUGGCCCACUCCUCCGAGCUGGAGCUCACGACGGGAUUGUCAGCCCCUCUUCCCCUGCAAACGAUGGAAGGCUUGUGGCGACUCUGUUUCUGCGAGGGCGACUUUCUGCCAGGCAUCGACGUAGACAAGCACGGAUACGUCGCAAGGGGACAAAACGUGGAGAUCUUGUUCGACCCUGAGGGCGAGAAGAUCACUCUGGCAAGCAGCGGCCUCGGCUCUUCCCUACCCGCGGCCAUGGAAGGAGGACUGUCGUACACUCCGGAGACUCAGACAGUUACCGGGACCUUCGAGGAGACGGGGAUUGAAUCCCUCGAUCUCCGUGCAUUCAUGAUCGACGAUGACGCCCUGGGUUUCCACACCGUGUCGGAGGAUAAGCACGGGAUUUUGCUGUUCCACGCGGAGAAGAGCAAGGCUGCUGCGGCGCGUCUGUCCAAGGCCGUCUCGAUCGCGGCAUCGUCUGUGUCGGAGGCUGAGAAGGCGGCGACGGCGGAGGCUGAGAAGGCUGCGACCGCUGAGGUGGCCGGCAAGGACUUGCUCGAUUUGGUCCUUGACGUUCAGCUGGCGAGCGAGGAAGACGUCCACGAGGACAAGAGGCUGGCCGUCCAGGAGACGGGGCGGGAGACGGGUAGCUUCAACACGUUCAUCCGCUACCUAGAGAAGGAGGGGGGGAUGAUCUACGCCGUGGUAGCGGGGCCCAUCCUCUUCUCGUACAUGAAGUACUACAGCCCGGUGGCCUCCAGCAAGGCCACGGCCGCCGCGAUCGUCAUGGUGGAGACAGUCAAGCACAUCCUCAAGGCGAACGCCUGAUUGGUGAUGCAACAGCCAAUCCCGCGGGGGAAACGAGGGUUAUGUCACCUCCGUCCUCCGUGCGGGAAGAGAGAGUUGCGAUGAAUGAGCGGUGGAAGAACCAAGGCUAUGACGAAGCGUUAAGCGUUGCCCCCCCUCCCCUCGAGGUGGUGCCGAUAAUGGCUCGGCCCUCGGCUGAUGACACAUGCUGCACAAGAAGAGUUUGUACAUAUUUUGUGGUGGGGUAACGGUUGUAUUGGCAGCGGCGUUGUCAGCGGGUUUCCGGAAACCAACCGGAAGCAUGUUUAAGGGGUGUGGCCAAACUAAGGUCUUUUUGGAGAGGAGGAGGAACAGCAUUUAUGCGAAGGACGGAUGUGUCUUCUUUUUAGACACCCGAGUGCUUCCCCGUUGUCGAUUCUGUUUGGACUAGGGAGACUAGCCGUGAAAAAAAGCGUCUAUUCGUCUUUUCGUUUUUGAUAAUAGCGUUGUUCAGCGAGCACGGCCGUACAGUAGUAGCCUAGCGGACAUCAACGGAGGAGGGCGAAGGAGAAAUAACGGGAAGAAGUUGGUGGUUGGCAUGUUUGGGGGCGAAGGGUGGACGAUGAUUUGUAUUCCGCCGCCUCCUCUCCCCCCAAGCGUGCUUGUGUGUGUUCUCAAUUCCCCUUGGGCCUGCGGCAUCAUGAUAUCGACAGCUUGACACAGGGAGGAGGGCGGAAUAUCAGCUGAACUUCGGCAUCGAGGUCGAGGAUGUGUGGGUGUGUUGUGAGACGCGAGUCCUCUUGAAAAGAGGGAGAAAGGAUAUGUAAGUAGAAGACGGCGUGGGUAUUCGUGUGCGUAGGAAUGUAAAUAAUGUUGUGGGGGGGGGUUACGAGCAGGAGGUCACAUUUGCGUGGUUGCCUUUGCCGUUGCCGGCCUAACAAGCCUUGCUGUAUAUAUUUCCUCGCCGCGUGGAUGGAUGACGAGAUUCCCAAAGAAGAACGUUGCUCGCGCGGUUCUUUGUAUAUAACACGGUUAAUUUCAUAAGUGUCACAACAUCGCUGUGCAAAGAGUGCACACAUUAUGUGACUGAUGGGAAAAAGGACGACGUUGUCUGUUGGUUUUGGGAGUGUUGGGGUCGGAGCGGCUUUGGUUGUUUUGCACGGCGACGUUGGUGGUCAUAAUGUUAGCGUCGAGCAAGCAGACGCACAAGAGAAUAGCGCCGUUGCGGCACGGGGCCACGAGGAAGAGAAAGACCGACGAGAAAAAUUAAAGUAAUGGUAUGUUUCAAUCAUUCAGGGCGGGAUUCGACGCGUGGAUGGGCUGCGCGAAGAACCAUGGUACUUCUGUUUGCCCUCGCUGAGAAGUAAGGGAAUGUGGUAGCAGAGCAGCCUGGCGACUGUCGCUCAAGUCAUGUGAGGGUCUUCUUUAUAUUUUGUGAUGGUUCGUUUAAUGUUUUUUUUUCAUACUAUUGCUGUUGUCGGUGUUGCGCGCGCUCCCGAGUGGGUUGGGUGAAUGCAGACGGGAUCGGAUGGGUUCUCAGCGAAAAGAGCCUUUUGUCGGAAACGAGGUAAGAUCUCUUCCAAGCGUUGCUGCUCACAGUGCA